CUCACUGUUCCGGAAGUUGAUCCAUCGAAGGUCUGAUGGGAACAUAUAGUGAUGUCCCUGAUCACCGGCACCAGAGGGCAGCAGUUGUCACGGCUGAUUGCCAGGAAAAUAUCGGGAUAUAAAAGCAACAUAUGUCCCUCCGUACAUAAACACAAACUGAGUCAUGGAUCAGCUGUUAGUAAAAAUGGCCUGUUGCAAGUGUCGCAAGAAGUGGAGGAUGCAAUGCAUUCUGGGAAACCUGUUGUUGCCCUGGAGAGCACUAUAAUAACCCAUGGCAUGCCUUACCCCGACAACGUAUCAACAGCAAAGGCAGUGGAAGAUAUCAUUCGACAAAAUGGCAGUGUUCCUGCCACAGUGGCUGUCAUUAAAGGACAGGUUCAUGUGGGCCUGACCAGUAGUGAACUUGAAUGGCUGGGGUCCCGAGAUGGACUGGUGAAAACAUCACGCAGAGACUUCCCAGUCGUCCUCUCUCAGGGACAGAGUGGUGGUACAACAGUAUCAGGCACAAUGCUGGUUGCUCACAAGAUGGGCAUUCCCAUCUUCGUUACCGGGGGGAUAGGUGGAGUUCAUAGGGGAGCUGAAACUUCCAUGGACAUCAGUGCUGACCUCACUGAGCUGGGCUGCACACCAGUGACUGUUCUUGUCCAUGGACAUCAGUCAAUACCCAUAGGACGUACCCUUGAGUACCUGGAAACUCAAGGAGUUUGUGUAGCCACAUUUGGAAGUUCAAGAGAUUUCCCAGCAUUCUUCACAUCAAAGAGCGGCUUCCAGUCACCCUAUAAUGUGCAAACAGCAACAUCUGCUGCAGGUCUUAUAGAAUCAAAUCUACAGCUGAACACAGGGAGUGGAAUCCUAAUAGCUGUACCCAUCCCAGAAUCCUUUGCUGCAUCAGGGGAGAUAAUUGAGUCAGCAAUACAGCAAGCAAUUUCUGAGGCAGGAGAUCAAGGUAUUUGUGGAAAAGAUGUCACUCCUUUCAUACUGAGUCGUGUCAAUGUACUCACAAAGGGAAUUUCCCUACAAGCCAACAUUGCAUUGAUAAAGAACAAUGCUGAAGUUGGAAGCAAGAUAGCCUCUGCACUGAAUGAUAUGCAGUUGAGGGGAGAUAACUCUAAAACAUCAAUUCUGAGGCCUCAACACGAAGAAAGUGGUAAAGAAAAGCAGUCAAGACCAGUUGUGGUAGGCGGCGUAGUGGUGGACUUCUAUGCUCAGCUGGGACAAAAACGUGUACAGUCUAAUGGCGCAACAUAUCCUGGAAGUUUGAGGCAGUCAUUUGGUGGUGUCGGGCGCAACAUCGCAGACUGCCUUUCUCAUCUUGGAUCACGUCCACUGCUUGUAUCAGCUGUAGGGAGGGGCUCCCAUACAGGUGCCCUACAUGAUAACUGUCAACACAUGGAUCUGUCUGGGGUGAAGGAGCUGGAGGGGCGGAGUACAGCAGUAUACUGUGGGGUGCUGCAGCAGUGUGGCGAGAUGAUGUUCGGGGUUGGGGACAUGGAGAUCAUGUCUCACAUCACACCACACAUGGUGUCCCAGUACAGAGAAAGUCUCUCUCAAGCUCCAUUAGUGUGUGUCGAUGGCAACAUUCCCGCUGAGACAAUAGAGUACAUCUGUGAUAUCUGUAGUCAAAACAAGGUGCCUGUUUGGUUUGAGCCAGCAGACAUCCACAAGGCACUGAAGCCGUACUCUACUUCGGCCCGAGAUCACAUGACAUACACGUCGCCAAACGUGGCAGAGCUGAUGCAGAUGUGGGCAGCGUUUAGAGGGAAAACCCCAGCUGAUGUCGAGACAAUCUCUCUUGACACUUCCAGUGUGGAUGAUGUUAUAGAUGCAUGUCUUCCAUACUGCUGUGAUCUUGCUGACAGCAUACCAGUUGUCAUGGUAACGCUUGGUUGUCAUGGAGUUCUACUGUGUCACAGACUGGGAGACAAACCUGUCUUCCCCACCAAACACAAGCAGACCUACAGCGAUGAUGUGAGCGUUCUUCACUACCCCGCCUGCAGCCCCGCCCAGAUGCCUAGCACCACCGUCAGUGUGUCAGGGGCCGGGGACUGCUUUGCAGCUGGAGUGAUAGAUGCAAUUGUUAAAGGUCAUGACCUUGACCUUUGCAUAAAGGCGGGUUUGAUGGCAGCCCAGUACUCCCUUCAGUCCCAUCAUGCAGUACCAACCACGAUACUACCUGAAGCUUUCUCCUCUGACAGAGUCGAAAAGUGGGCUCCAUGGAAACCAAGACUUAUUAAACUAGGGAGUGAGAAUAAAAUGAGGUAUUGAUUUUAAGGUUUAUUACAAUGGGGACAAAUCACAGAAGCAAUUUACACUUCUUUGGUCACAGAGAUACCCAUGCAAGUCAUUGCUCAUUGCUGAUGUCAAGACAUGAUAUUACAGAUCAUGAAGCAAAACCAUUUCUGUCUCUGUAUCUCUAUAUAGCACGUAGAAGUAUUAGAGAUUGUGUUGACCAAAGUGACAAACUUCCUUGAUUUACAUGGAAUGAAUAUGUUUCAUAUUUUCUUAAUUUUCUGAAAUCGGGGUUGAUAGGGUGGUGCCUUUGAUAUUUGUUAUCAUCUAACCUAUAGUGGUAUGUGGUUAUGGUACAUGUUAUCCUUCAGUGCAAGUGAUUUAUACAUUGAGAUCCGGUGUAUGGGUGGUCCCAACACUAACAUUGCCUUGGAUUAAAUUGUAAUACAUGUA